AUGAAUCAACGAACAACUGCUGCAGUUCGAACACCAGCCGGAUGUACAACACCGUUUGAGGUGGUAACUGGAGUAAUACAAGGGGCAGUGGCAGGACCCUUCCUGUUCAAUUUCGCCAUCGACGACAUUAUGCGAAGAACAGUAGAUCAGUGUCCUGCCGAUAUCAUCCCAGCACCAUCAGGACACCCCUUGACCGAUCUCGAGUACGCUGACGAUGUUGUUAUAUUUGCGGAAAGCAGUACGAAACAUCAACAUGUUGCCAACCUCAUAUCGAAGCUGGCUGCAGCCUAUGGACUACGUCUACGCCCUGAUAAAUGCAUGCAGAUGUGGAUCUCUUUGAGAACUUGA